ACAACAACAACAACAGCAGCAGCAGCGGCGGCGGUGGCGGCGGCGGCCGCAGAGGUGAAGCUCAGCGCCGGGUAGCCCGAUGUCCCGUUCACGGGGCGGCCGAGGAAGCAUCACUUGUCAGGGAACCUUUGGGUUCUCCCUGGGUACUAAUUGACCAGCAUUUAUUCAAUCAUCAACGGGCCAGUCUCCUCGAUCUAAUGCCUCUGGAUUUGGCACACAACUAUGAGUCUGAAAAGUGAGGAUGAAGACAGAAUAUUUACUGAUAACUACGAACAACCUUUAUCACUGUGGAAACUAAUCGAGGAAUGUGUUCCUCCAUGUGAGAGAGAUGAAAUCAGGGUAAUUCUGGGAGAAUCGGCAGUGGACCUCACCCUGGAUUUACAUGGAGAGGUUGCUAUGCUGUUGGAAAUCUGGCGAUCGAUGAGAACAAGCAGAUUGACUCCUACUCAUCCACAAGCCUCACAUGCAAUGCUACCAGAAUCUCCUGCUAUUAAAGACCUGCUUCGUCAUGAAGUUCAGCUUCUGCUUUUAAACAUUCAAAACAAAGCGCAUAAAGAGGGCAGAAAUGAGAGUGAUGCUCUUUCAUCAUACAAUCCUGACAUUGUCAGUUUUGCACUUGGACAUAAUAAAGAUGCAAAUGUGCUAAAUUCACCUGUAAAUGCAGAGAGUAUGAAAGACAAAUGGAUUGUACUGAAAAGCUCUAAAAAAAACAGCAACUGUGAAAUUGAAAGUUUUUCAUGUCUUUCCCACUUAAAGGAUAAUGUGGAAGCCAUAAAGGACAAGUUUAAUGUUACAAAUAUUGAUGAAAUUGUUGCACAUUUACAAUCUAUUUUACAAGAAGAAUCUAAAAUGUUAGACAGAUAUAUUCAAUUCUUGCAGGAGAGUUUAGAAGAAGAACAUAAUUGCAGCUUCAACCCUCUGGUGCAUAAUCCAGUGCCAUCAAUUGCAGAACUGCGAAAGGAACGGAAAAUACUCGAACGGGAUCUCCAGCUGGCACCAGCAUCAAUACAAAUACAGGUUCACAAACCACCGGGGUGCAGACCCACCCAUAGAUCCAGCAGGAAAACAGCACGAUUGAACAAUCCAGCAGUCAGUCCAUCAGAAGAAAGUAAUUCCUCAACAGCAACAUGUGGUCAUUCAGAACCAGAUCUAGAGCAGAAGAUGAAACAACACAAUAUAUCACCUUUGGGUGAAUACAGUGCUAUGGGAACUAGAGACAGUCCUACAAAAUUGAAAUAUUCUGGAAUACUUGCUGUAUCAUCUCAGAGAACCUCUUGUAAAGCUGUGGACCUAUCAAUACCCACCUCCCAUGGCAAGGAAGCAUUAAACGGAAAUGUAUCCAAAUGUCAUACGGCUUGUCGUGAGGUAAAAACGCAGGGUAAUAUUCAAUCACCGAAAAUGGAUGACAAGCCAAGGACUUUAAGUGUAAACAAAAUAGAGUCUGCAUGCUAUAGAACCUCUGUAGAAGAAUCACCAUCAUUACAAGAGGAACGUCAAGGGACAUUGGUGUAUUCCCAGUCAACCAAUGAUUUCCCAACUGGACAGCUGUCAAUUGCUUCUUCCACCCAGAUUGGAGUUCAUCGCACCACAGAAAAUAACAGGACAGGUUUAUCAAGUUUGAAAAGCCCUGUUGAAAUCUUUACUUCAAUGCCUAAACAUGAUGGCUAUGUUCUUAAUCCAACCCCACCCACCACUGAGAAGCCCAUAAGUACUCAGGGAAAGUCCACAAACAGAUUGAGAAGAGCCCGCAUAGACAACCUUACUGGCCACACAUAGAAAGUGGCCUGUCUCCAGUGAACUAGCUGUGGUUUAGAAUUAUGGUUUGAUUUAAAAUAACUGAUUUGUUAAUUACAAUUCAAAAAAAAAAUCUUAAGUUAUAGUUAAAGAUCCUAAGAUUAUGGCAUAUUGAUUAAUUUAUUUCCAUCCUGCUACCUCAUAUUUUGCAUUAUCUUGCAUGCUAAGUAAAAAAUAAAAAAAAUAUGCUAAAUGACAAAGAUGUUUAUUUUUUUUAUGAGAAAGCAUGGAUAUUUAAAUAAAAAAUUAAA